AUGGCAAUCCGAUACCCAGACACCGCCGGUGAAUCCGACUCCGCCGGCGACCCGCUCUUCCCUUGGCUUCUGAAGAUUAAAAAUUCGACGGAAGAUCUAUUAUCUGGUAGAAAUUCCGGAGAAUAUCUGGAUAAGCUUCUUCAUGAUUGUAUCUCUACUUACAAGCAAGAUGCUCAGUACCGAAAUGACAUUAGAUUCCUCAAAAUCUGGUUUCUCUAUCUUGAGGGCAGGGAAGACUUUGAGAGGGUUUAUAGAGAAGUUGAAGAGAAGGAGAUUUGCAUAGGGAAUUCAUUGCUGUAUGAAUGGUAUGCCUUUUUUCUAGAGGUCAAAGGAUUGUGGCAAAGAGCAAAUGUCGUUUAUCAGAGUGGUCUCUCAAGGAAGGCACAACCAUUUAACAGGUUGAAAGAGGCUCACUCAUUGUUCUUACAAAGAAUCUCGAAGAGGAUAAACGCUCCUCUCCUUCACAAGGUUGGUGAUGAUGCUCAGGCUCCCGCCACUGACUUUGACAAGAGUUUUGUGAACCCUUGGGAAACAUCCACUGUGAACAAAUUAAUUCAAAAGAUAAAACCCCAGCUUGUGAAAUAUCAGGGGUACCAUGCAAGCAACAAGGUUUUCUCCGGAAAAGCCAACUUGUUGUCUUCAAGAAAUAAGAUCACUGAGAUAGGUGGAAGGAAGUACCAGAUAUUGGGUUGUGCUGGUAAAGGUGGUUUUGCUCAAGUGUUCAAAGCAUACGUUGACUGCAAUCCUGAUCAAGUAGUUGCUCUAAAGGUACAAAAGCCACCUUUCCCUUGGGAAUUCCACAUGUAUCGCCAACUUGACUGCAGGAUCCAAGAGAACCAAAGAGCAAGUUUUGGAUUGGCUGAGAGAGUGCACGUCUUUUCAGACUACAGUAUACUUGUGUGCGAUUAUCAAUCACACGGGACACUCCUUGACGCCAUAAACUUAUAUUCCGUUGCUGGCAACUCCAUGGAAGAAGUUUUGUGCAUGUAUUACACAAUAGAGAUGCUCUACAUGCUGGAAACUUUGCACAGUGUUGGACUCAUUCAUGGUGAUCUCAAGCCAGACAAUCUGCUGAUCCGAUACUCUCCACAAAACCUAACGGAGACAGGCUUUCGUGAAAAAACAGGUUCAUGGAGCAGUCAGGGUCUUUGUCUUGUCGACUGGGGUAGAGGAAUAGACUUGAGCCUAUUUCCUAGCACCACCGAGUUUAAAGGAGAUUGCCGUACCUCAGGCUUCCGUUGCAUGGAGAUGAAGGAGAACAAACCUUGGAAAUUUCAGGUGGACACCUAUGGACUCUGCGGAAUCGUACACCUUAUGCUGCACAACACCUACAUGAAGGUCGAAAAGAAACAAUCACGAAAUGGUGGCUACAUCAAUAUGCCGACAACUGCAUUUAAAAGAUACUGGAACGUCCUAUGGAAGGAACUGUUCACGAAGCUGUUGAACAGAGGAGAGACCUGUGAAGAUGACACAGAGACACUGAGGGCUAUUAGAACGUCUAUGGAAGAGUAUGUAUGCUCUGAUCCUAAGCUCAUGAAGCAGCUUAACGAGUUGCUUGCAAAACAACGCGUCUCUUUAUGUUCUUCCUAG